UAAUCUCAUCAAACACUUCACUGCCGAGUCGACGAUUCCUUGCUUGUCCAUACCUCGCCUAACAUAAUCUGUGAUGUACCGUUCCUCUGCUUAUUGAAUGCAUCUUCAUCAUCUAUCGCAUCAUUCACAUUGCACUACCAAACCGACCGAGCCUCAUCAUCACGCGUUCCUGAGCCUGUCUCUGCCUUGUGCAAAUAGACGCUUAUGAACAACACCAGAUACGCCGCUCUGCCCAUCGAGGGUCACCAGGCCACAGAGUCUAGUCCAUCGAGUAGACCGCAGGCGAACGCCGGCUCUCUGGCAUGACCUCUGCUUUCCGCCGCCCGUCGAUGGUGGAAACCCAGAGCGACAUCGAUUUCCAUCAAUUACUUGUUCCGGCUACUACCAACAAUGGGCCUCCUUCGCACCACUCCUCCUCCGGUUCAUCUGGUCCCAGCAGCGACGCAGGCUCCUUUCUCAUUCGGGAAAGCCUCUCAAGGAGCAAUUCUGCCUUCUCCUUUUCUAGAGCAUCCUUUAGCAGUCAACUUGCCAGUCUAACCUCGAUCAACCUGCCCCAAGCCGAGACCAUCGCUGCGACCGUCACUUCUCUACCUACUGCCCGCAAGGCCAUCAAAGCCCUUUCAAAUGCUGCAGAACAGAUACAAACAUGGAUCAAGAAGGCGCUCAGAGUCUUGGAAAGUCUAGAUGCCGAAGAUGAUGUCGAGUGGGCGGCCGCUGCGGGAAGGCUGGGGCUGGAUGAGACGCAUAAUACGAUAACCAGGUUCGAAAACCUGAUCAAUGUCUAUGUCUUGUCAAUCGAAAAACUACAGAUGCGCCCUGAUAUUGGAGACGCUAAGACAGAAGAACUGCAGGCUGUUGUGGAGCAGAUGGAGGUGACUCUGGAUGGAUGGGAAAAUGUUCGGAGCGACUUGAGAAGCAUUCACAAGCAGGUAGAACUCGCCAUGGAGUGGGAGGAACUAUGGGCCAAAGUGCUCGGGGACGUGGGCGCCGAAAUGGACAGCCUCAGUCAACUGGUUUUCGAGAUGGAAGAGAAACGCCACACAGCGUACCAGUCGGAGACCCAAGCAGGCCCGAGUCAGCAUAUUGAUCUCAACGAGUUGGAAAACUUCAUCGAUGAGCCGUCACACAAAAAGACUACGCCCAAUUCCCGUUUCAGCCUCCCCCCAUUCGAAUCGUCUCCACUAGGGUCGCCGAUCAUCGAAAAUCCUGAGGGCGAUUCGAACCUGUUGGCUCUUUUCGCGCGCAUGCAACCUCUGCGAGCAUCACUUGACUUCUUACCUAUGAGAUUGUCACAAUUUCAGUCGCGGGCAGAAAACAUCUUCCCCAACGCCUGUCAAGAGCUUGAAGACAAACGAGAGCGGCUGGAGAAGAACUGGACCGACCUUUCUAGAGAAGCUGAAAACCUCCGGCGCGAGCUCAGUGAGGAUCGUUGGGUUAUUGUCUUUCGCAAUGCCGGACGACAGGCCCAAAAGAUGUGCGAAUCUGUGGAACGAAGUAUCCUGAAAGUCCAGGAAGCGAUUCAGGAGAACUAUCAGUCAACGAACCCUGCCGCCUUAGGAAAGAGGAUCGAAAGUUUCGAAGCAAAGAAAAUGCACUAUGCACCGGCAAUCAACCGAGUCCUUGCAAUUAUCCAGAAAGGACUCAAAGAUCGCUUGACUUUCAAUGGAGAGAUUCUCCGCCUACAUAAAGAUCUUUCAUCGAGGAUGCGAGAUCUGACUGAUGCCAUGGAGGAUCUCGAAACCCUUUUCGAGCCCUAUGCGGCUCGACAAAACUCACACUUACGCGAAUCCAUCUCGAGCAUAGUAUCGGCCGAUCGUUCUUUAUCGAGCACAACCUGGGCAGGUACGCCAGGCAGCUCUCCGCCGUCGUCAGUCGAUCUACCACCUCAACGAUUAGAUGGAUCAAUCCCUUCUUACGGCCUCAAUGGGCUCACUAAACAGCGAAUGAGGUCUGGAAGCAGGCCGCCUCCUCAAACCCUGGGUAACAAACGAUCUUCAGUGCUCCCACAGACAAGACGCCCCACCACUCCGAUGUCUCAUGCGAGCGGCAGCUCCCUGAGAAGAGGAGUAUCGCCUAUGCCUGGUCCUCCGUCCGUGUAUCGCCAAGGGGCGUACGCUCCUCCUGUCAAGACUGCACCACCCCGGCCUGGGCCAGCACCAUUGGCAAAUAAGCCAAGAUGGUCAGCUGUCGUGAAGCCGAGUGAGACUCUAGCCCCUACGUACCGAUCCGCCUCAACGACGCCGUCAACAGCACGAAGGUACACGCCACGUUCCAUCUCGUCGAAUACAGCAUUGCCUUUGCGGAGCCCACUUGGCCGAGAAGCCUCGUCUUCACCAUCGGCACCUAUGGACGGUCGAGAAAAUCGGCAAUUCAGAUCUUUUGCAGAACGAGUUGCUGAUCCUUCGCCCGCACGAUCAGGCGGAUUGUUGGACCCGGUACCCUAUCACAGGGGAAGAAACUCCACUACUCCGAUGGCGGGAACAAUAAGGUCGCCGUCUUCGCUUGCCGUGCACAGUCAGAGCAGGCCGACUAUUUCCAGACCGCCGUCGUCAUUGAGCAGACAUUACGGGCGUACUCCUGGCGUACCCAUGCGAUCAGUCAGUCACGAUCCUAGGAUGGAGACUAUCGAGAGCAGAAGAGAGAGUACUGUUCCCGAGAUGGAUGACUUUGACAAGUCCAGCGAAGUUGGAGAGGAUCCAGCGACAGAACCAAACUCGAGCCCAUUGUCGAGAAGAACCAUUACUCGACCUAGCAGUGUUCUAGCGAUGAGUGGAAAGGGAAGACGUGUGUCGUUACUGCCUGUGCCAGUUGGAAGUGGCAGGCAAAGUUCAAUGGGAAUGAGAAUCUCUUGAGGUCGAACUUCCGGCAGGCCUGAGAAGUACUUGUGGUCUUUCUUUGUUUCAGGCACUGGAGAGCGUUUAUCCAUUGCGUCUAUGUGAGAGCGUAUUAGCGUGUUUGUGUGGUUUCUUAUGUGACCCCAGUCAGUUAUUGAUAGCAUGAUUCUCUAAUUGUGAAUUUGUACACCCCAAAUUACAGAGACGAUGUCGCUGUUGAUCUCGGUCUAUUAUCCCCGACAUGCGGCUGUAGCCUCGCCUUACAUCUAGGUGGCUUGUAAGAAGCUUUGGAGGAGUCGUGCUUAAAUGAAAUAAGAAUUGCUUGACC